AUGCAGUUCACCUACCUCGCCGUGCCGCUCUUCGCAGCUCUCGCCGCGGCUCAGUCUUCAAACUCCACCAGCCUCCCCGACCUGGUGGCACAACUUCCCACAUGCGCCCUGGACUGCUUGGAGAGUGGCGCCAAGAGUGCUAACUGCACCGUCACCGACUUCACCUGCUUGUGCGGCACUGGCAAGCAGCAGUUCAUCCAAGGAGCCGGCGUCUGCGUCCUGACCAGCUCGUGCACGAGCGAAGAGAAGAACAACGUCAGUAACCUUGCCACCGAGAUCUGCAAUGACGUGAGCGACGGCGCCUCGAGCUCAGAGAUCGCUUCGGCAUCCGCCGUCGCCACAUCCAUCCUCGCUUCGGCGACGUCGACGACGGGCUCCAAUGCCGCUGCUGCUACUGCCGUGGGAUACGGACUGAUGGGCGGCGCGGCGGCACUGGCUGCCUUCGCGCUCUAG